UUCUCCCUUCUCGCAUUACUUGGAGGAGCUUUCGGAUUUGCACUCCUACAUCGAGGUCUCGAUGGAAUUAUCUUGAAGACAACUAGGAUUCUGCGGCCAGAAGUCGAAGAACAACCGGUGAGCGAAGUGACUUUUUCACGUGUGUGCUGUGCCAUUUUCUGCAACAACAUCACCUCAACAGUCGGUUGUAAAAUGGACGAAGGGCUUGUGAGAAGGUGCCUUGCGGUAUUUUUGCUGCUGAUUUGCAGUUGCUGUGUAGGAUUGCAAUAUGACUCGUUGGAGAAUUACUCCAAUGAUGAUGGAUGUGCUCUGAUCCUCAAUAGCCCAGGGAGAACUAGUGCUUAUGAUUACACGUACAAUUUACUUCGUGGAAGCCAGACUCCUACGGGUUCCCAGAUGUGCAUCACUUACGAGGCAAUUAAUCGCGCCUAUUAUAAGGCACGAAAGCGAAUCAAUGUUGCUCAGCCACAUACGGAGAUAUGGAAACCCGAGGAGUUGGCGACUGUUGGAGAACUGCUUCUGGACAUUUCAACGACUUUGGCGCAAAUAUAUGGACUGACGAGAGAGGAAGUAGAAAGAGGUCUACCUCAGAUUGACACUUCAAAGACUCUCAUUCAUGAAGUCUGUCCAGGAUUCGUCAGCAACGUAGAGUGUCGUCCGGGGAAAUACCGGAGAUUCGAUGGUCUCUGCACAAAUUUGGAAAAUCCCACAUGGGGUGCAGCUCUCUCACCGUUCGCCAGGCUGAUGCCUCCAGCGUUUGCUGAUGGAAUGACAGCUCCAAGAAUAUCCGUUACUGGUGAUGACCUUCCGCUGUCACGAGUCGUCUCCAGGACUAUGCACCCUGACGAUGGAUUUCAUGAUCAUGCUGGCACAGUCAUGGUAAUCGCCUGGGGACAAUUUAUGGACCACGACUAUACUCUCACUGCAACACCACUCGAUCCAAUGAAUCGAAAUGAUCCUGAGGAGUGCUGCUCGAAGCCCCCUCACCUGAAGAAUCCGUACUGCAAUGAGAUAAAAAUCCCAGACGACGAUUACUUCUAUCGUUUGUUCAACGUCAAAUGCAUGGAUUUUGUUAGGGCAUUCCCCGCUGUAAGGCCUGGCUGUCGUCUUGGGUCACGAGUGCCUUUCAAUCUUCUCACUGGAGUUCUCGAUGGAAAUACCGUCUACGGAAUUCGAGAAGAAUUCGCCAGGAAAUUGAGAUCAGGGUACGCGGGCCAGCUGAGGAUGAAUCCAGUGUUUUCAGAAUAUGGAUUGAAAGAUUUGUUGCCUUUAAAGUUGGACAUUCCUGAUGAAGGAUGCACACGCCCUAACAAAUCAAUGUAUUGCUUCGAAGCUGGUGAAAUUCGAGUGAAUGAGCAACUUGUGCUCACCUGCAUGCACACACUUAUGGCUAGAGAGCACAACAGAAUUGCAAAAGGUCUCGCUCAAGUAAAUCCCCACUGGGACGAUGAAAUGCUCUUCCAGGAGUCCCGACGCAUCAUCAUCGCGGAAAUUCAACAUGUCACUUACAAUGAAUUCUUACCCAUUCUCCUGGGCAAAGAUGUUAUGGCGAAAUUCGGACUUUUGCUGGAAAAACACAAUUACUGGGACGGAUAUGAUCCGAGUGUAAAUCCUGGGGUGAUUGACGCAUUUGCUGCCGCAGCCUUCAGGUUCGGUCACUCCUUGUUGCCUACAGCUGUUGAACGAUGGAGUAAAGCACAUAAAUUCAUUGCUUCUAAGAGAUUGUCGGACCUGAUCCGAAGGCCUUAUGAUCUUUAUCGCGCUGGUGUACUCGAUGAAUACUUCAUGGGGUUGAUGAAUCAGGUCGCCCAGGCCAUGGACGACUCUAUCACGCAGGAGGUGACGAACCAUUUGUUCAAAAAAGUGGGCGCCAGACAUGGGAUGGACCUCGUGUCUUUCAACAUGCAGCGGGGAAGGGAAUUCGGGGUUCCAUCGUAUAUGGAGUUCAGAAAACUGUGUGGCCUACCUGAGGCGCACAAUUUCGAGGAGCUCUUCGGUACAAUGUCCAACGAAACUAUCAGACGUUACAGUUCCAUUUUCACGCAUCCAGCAGACGUGGAUCUCUGGUCUGGAGGCGUCUCUGAACGUCCACUCCCUGGCAGUAUGUUGGGACCCACCUUUGCCUGCAUCAUCGCCACGCAAUUCAGCAAUUCCAGGCGUGGCGACAGGUUCUGGUAUGAACUGCCCAAUCAACCGUCAUCCUUCACUCUAGACCAACUGAAUGAAAUCCGCAAAACAAAACUGGCCAGACUCAUUUGCGACAAUACGGAUCUCAUUGAUACGAUACAGGUGUACCCAAUGGUUCUUCCAGAUCACGAGAUAAAUCCUCGUGUGCCGUGCAAAAGUGGUGUACUCCCGAGUAUUGACUUUAGCAAAUGGGCCGAGUAUCCAGCUGCCAGUCACGCUGCCCAAUACGUGAGUAAUCUUGCGGAUCAGUAUGGGCACUUUGGAAAGUAAAAGGAAGUUGUUCACCGGAUUGUGGUAAUCAAACGUAUGGAGAUUCGCACCUGGUUGAAGAUGUCUAUUUUUUCGUAUUUGUAAGAAUGUUUAGUGUGCUUGAGGAUAAUAGUGUACGUACUAACUGACCGAUUGUUUCAUAACUCUCGUUAUCACACAUUUUCCUCAUUAAUUCUCCACCUAAUCAACUUGUAGAGGACUGUACAAUGCGGAAAGGUGUCAAAAAAGCAAGAAUGAAAAAAAAUGUCACCUCGGUCAAGAGCUUUUGGGGGAGGGAAGUGACAUUUUUCCCAAAAUCCAAUUUUUCUAUCAACCAAUCGUUGAUUUUCCAUAUAUUAACCCUGUAAAUAGUAUUGGGACUAUCAAAACUUAUAAAA